CACAGGUGGUUAGAUGCUUGUCUGACAUGGAGCUGUAACAUUAUAACAUAGACUGUUGUGGGUUUAAAACCAAGGUUUGAAGGCAGAAAAAAUCUAAAAAGUCAGCAUACCAAAGUGUCUGAAGUUGGACAGGUGAAAGCCAGGGAUGGGGACAAUCCCGAAUGAAAUUAGGAGGCUUUUGGAUGACUGUGAGAUAUUUGUAUCAGAGAUCCUUCAAGACAGCGACCUGAGUAAAGAAACCGAAGAGACACGGAAUAUCCUACUGAACAACUUCAGGGUCGUCCAUGUGAGAUAUCCUCAAGAAUUCCCCUUCCCCCCAUCGGACUUAAGAGACGAAGACGGUUCCGAUGACAACCGUUCCAGUCUGGGUCGCUCUGCCCCAUCAGACGACGCCUCAGUAGCCUCUGACUACCAGGAUGAUGGAACCCCUGAAUACUUUGGUGACAUCUCCCUGGUUGCAGCCCAGGACCUCGGAAACAUCUUGAAACAAGGCUUCUUGGAGAAGAGACGAAGAGAUCACAGCUUCUUCGGCUCAGAGUGGCAAAAGAGAUGGUGUGUUCUGAACAACUCAAUAUUCUACUACUUUGGAAGUGAAAAAGAUAAGCAGCAGAAGGGUUCCUUUUAUAUCAUCGAUUACAGCGUGCAGCUGGUGACCAACCUGAGAAAAGACUCCAAAAAAACUGCCUGUUUUGAGCUUUUUUGCUCCGGACAGCGGGCUUUCCAGUUCACUGCCAGCAGUCCUCAAGAGGCCAGAGAAUGGGUGGACCAAAUCAAUUUUGUGCUUAGAGAUCUCCGCUCCACCUCCAUCCCUUGUGAUGAUGAGGAGGAGGAAGGUGAGGCGGAGGAAGAGGAGACCUAUGAUGACAUUGAGGGGUUGACCGGCUCACCCUACCCUCGGCCCGGUGCUGCCCAGGCCUCUCAUGGGCAGGAGACUGGGGAGGUCGACGAGGAGGACGAGGAUAUCUACGAGGUGCUGCCAGAAGAGGAUUUUCCAGAUCCAGCGGAUGAGAGCAGUGAGAAGAACAAACAAGCUUCGUCAUCAGAUUACGCUAACUACUACCAGGGUUUAUGGGAUUGCCUGGCCGACGAGCCGGACGAGCUGGCCUUCCAGAGAGGAGAUCUCAUCUACAUCAUUAGCAAGGAGUACAACAUUUACGGCUGGUGGGUCGGCGAGCUGAACGGCACUGUGGGUAUCGUCCCCAAGGACUUCAUGCACCCUGCCUACAUCCUCUGAGCUCCAACAGCGCUGUUGCUGACGCGUCUGGCCAUGAAUUUCACAGACAGCCGGAUAAUCUUUUGUUAUUUGAAAAUUAUUCUCUCAUAAGAGUUAUAUGUUGAUCUGCUGCCGUAGUACUUAUUCCUGUGAACUAUAAACCACCUGGAAAGGUUUUCCCUACAAUGUUAACGUUCAAACUAGAGCUAAAACAACUAGUUGUUCAGUUAGUCAAUGAACAGAAAAUGACACAACUUUUUUUUUCUGUUUUAUAAAAUUAUAAACGGAAUAUUUUUGUAAUAUGUUUCUGACAAAAUAAAGUAGUUUUAAGACUUCAU